CAGGCUGUGUUGUUUCCAGGGUCCAACCUCAGCACCGACCUGCGGGUGGUGCUGGUGGGUCAGGAGAGAGUCGGCAAGAGUUCAACCGGAAACACCAUCCUGGGCAGUAAAGUGUUUGAGAACCGCUUCACCACCAGACCUCUGACGAUCCACAGUGAGAAGAGCGAGGCCAAUAUCAUGGGUCGCCGAGUGACGGUGGUGGACACCCCAGGUCUCUUUAGCUCUCAGCUGUCUAAACACGACUUGAAGACGGAGCUGGAGAAAGCGCUGACGCUCAGUAGCCCUGGUCCUCACGCCUUCCUCCUCACCAUCCAGCUGGGGAGGUUCACUGAGCAGGAGCAGCAGGGGCUGCAGAGGCUGCAGAAGAUACUGGGUCCUGGUGUCUCCAAACACAUUGUGCUGCUGUUCACCUACGGGGACCGGCUGGAAGACAUGGACAUCUCGGAGUUUGUAAGAGAGGACCAGAACCUGUGUAAGCUGCUCGACAAGUGCAGUGGCCAGUACCAAGUGUUCAACAACAGGGAGGUGGACAACAGGGAUCAGGUCACAGAGCUGCUGAAGAAAGUAGAGGAGGUCUCCCAGAGGGGGUGCUGUUUUUACCAGAAGACGUCUCGUUUUGAUUUGAUUAACAAAUUUGUUGCCUGUUGUGGCUGUUGUGCCUGUUGUGGCUGUUGAAGACCCAUCGCCAGACCUCAGUCUUAAGGGGGGCAUAUGAAAUGCAUGGGGGGCACACAUAUUAGCCUACAGUAAGUAUUUUAACAAAUCCUAUAAUCUAAUUGCACAGCAUGUAAUCAUCACGUUAAACAUAACCAACAGCAAUAUGACCAGGUAUAGCCUACAACCAGUGCUUAAUUUGUGAAUCAUAAGGUGCUGGAACGCAAAGUAUAGACGGGCACAGGUCCAGGAACGCAUACAGAAAAUGGUGCUGAACAACAGCAUGUAAAUGCCCACUUACAAUGCUGACUUACAAGCCUCAAUAUCAAAUAAUAUCCAUGGUAUAAAUGUUAUGACAAUACAUUACAAUAAUUAAAAGCCCACAUCACCACAGGAUUUACCAUAGGUGUCAAAUACGCUGGGGACACUGUCCCCAGCACUAUUUAUGAUCAACAAUUUUGUUCCAACCACUAAAAUGUUUAUCAAUUUAUCAUUAACACUCGAACUACCUGAGAUUAUGUACCUACUAGAAAUACCAUAGUUAAUAAUUAAUUAAUAAUGAUACCAUAAUUAAUUUGCUUAUAAUUUCAAUAAUCAAAGUGCAAAUAAAUAGAUGUGUAAUGUAAAUACAGGUGAUAGUAAAUAUAAGGAAGCAAAAUGUGAUGUGGAUUCAAAAUUUCAAGUUGAACUGCUUCUACUGGACUUUGGCUGUUUCUACUGGACUUGAACUGCCUCUGUUGCUUGUACUGUCAAACUUCCUAAUCGAUCAUCUAUUUAGUUAUUGAUCCACAAACUAUAUAGGUUUUACUGUGUAUGUGUCAUGAACAACUGAUUACCUGAGGAUCAAUAAAGUCCAUCUUUGUCUUCA